CAAGCCCCUCAGUGUUACCCAGGUUCCUCUGCAUCCCUACAAAGGAAGUUGUGCUGCAGACAGAGGAAGUGCAUGAUCCUGAUGUCCUCAUGAACUUCUCACUACAUCACCUGUAGUGUGUUCAGGAUAGUUGUGUAGAGCAGCCUGUAUCCAGUCCGGGUGUCAUCCUCCAGGGAGGGCAUCCAGAGCUCUCCUCAGCGCCGCCCUCCCUCCCUCUCAGCCCGGAUUCCUCUCCUCCAAACGGCGCUCAACAACGCCUCUCCAGCUGCUCAGACGCUCCGCUCCUCCGGCUGUGAGCUGGCUUCUCCUCCUUAUACCAGUUUGAUUCUGUCAGACAACCAGCUGGCUGCUGAGCUGAGGAGGAGAGGUGGAUUCUGUUGGUUUCGGUUCGUUCCGGAGUGUUUUUCGGUGCAUGGAUGGAGUCGUCUCCGCAGGAGGAGACUCCGGUGAGCCUGAAGGAGAGUCUGCCGGGCGGAGAGCGCCUGAGUCCGGCUACGAGACACAGCAAAGGUUUGCCAGCAGCUGUGAAGAAGACACACACAUCUCAGAUUGAAAUCAUUCCCUGUAAGAUCUGUGGAGAUAAAUCCUCAGGGAUCCACUACGGGGUGAUCACCUGCGAGGGCUGUAAGGGUUUCUUCAGGCGGAGUCAGCAGAGUAACGCCGCCUACUCGUGUCCUCGCCAGAAAAACUGUCUGAUCGACCGAACGAGCCGCAACCGCUGCCAACACUGCCGUCUGCAGAAAUGUCUGACUGUGGGCAUGUCCCGAGACGCUGUAAAGUUUGGUCGCAUGUCCAAGAAGCAGCGGGACAGUUUGUACGCUGAGGUGCAGAAACACCGCCUCCUGCAGCAGCAGCAGCAGCAGCAGGGUCAGGGUACCAUCCUCCUGUCCCAUUCCGGUCUCGGCAGCCCGAGCCCGGGCGAGGCCGAGCCGGUGUCCCCUCACUACGGCCUCUCCUCCACGGGCCUCACGGAGCUGCCCGAUGAGCUGGGAGGCUACAUGGAACAAAACUCACCUGAAGGAGGAUCGGUCUCGUCCAAGGCAGACUCUGGAGGAGGAGGAGGAGAAAGAGGAGAAGGUCGUGGGUUCUACCUGGACAUCCAGCCGUCCCCGGAUCAGUCUGGACUCGAUAUUAACGGCAUCAAACCGGAGCCGCUGUGUGACUAUGGAUCCAAUAACGACUUCUUCCCGUACUGCUCCUUCAGCGACGGAGACUCGUCGCCCACAGUGUCCAUGGCUGAACUCGAUCACCUGGCUCAGAUCGUCUCCAAGUCUCACCUGGAGACUUGUCAGUACCUGAGGGAGGAGCUGCAGCAGAUGAGCUGGCAGAACUUCCUGCAGGACGAGGUGGAGAGCUACCAGAGCAAGCCGCGGGAGGUGAUGUGGCAGCUCUGCGCCGUAAAGAUCACCGAGGCCAUACAGUACGUGGUGGAGUUCGCCAAACGCAUCGACGGCUUCAUGGAUCUCUGUCAAAACGACCAGAUCGUGCUGCUGAAAGCUGGCUCUCUGGAGGUCGUCUUGGUCCGAAUGUGUCGGCUGUUUGACACGCAGAACAACACCGUCUACUUCGACGGCAAGUUUGCGGGUCCUGAGGUCUUCAAAGCUCUGGGGUGUGAUGACCUGAUCACGUCGGUGUUUGACUUUGCUAAAGGCAUGUGUUCGCUGCAUCUGUCGGAGGACGAGCUCGCCCUGUUCUCAGCGUUCAUCCUGCUGUCUGCAGACCGGUCGUGGCUUCAGGAGAAGCUGCAGGUGGAGAAGCUGCAGCAGAAGACUCAGCUGGCUCUGCAACACGUCCUGCAGAAGAACCAGAGAGAGGACGGAGCGCUAAACAAGCUCAGACAUAAGGUGGCAGCGUUGCGUUCACUGUGCAGUCAUCACACGGAGAAGCUGUCGGCGUUCCGAGCGGUUUACCCGGACAUCGUGCGGACACACUUCCCUCCUCUUUAUAAGGAGCUGUUCGGUGCCGACCUGGAGCUGACUCUGCAGAGCGACGACUAAGCGUUGACCGGGAGCUCCUCGGAGCUGAGCAGAGCUGAGCUGCCCAGAUCCGGACUGACCGAGCAGUUCAGAUUCCACGGCCACGGAGGACGGGACGAUGACUCACACAGUGUAUCCGCUGCACUUCUCAGAGUCCACAAGAAUGGAGAGAUUUGAACUCCUCAGUUUGUCUUUCUUCACCUCCUCCUCCUCCUCCUCCUCCUCCUCCUCCCGUCAUGGCUCUGGGUUCGGACGCAGUGAGGACUCAGGUGGUCUCUCUCCAUUAACACACAUCAUGUGUCCCAGAUCUUGGAUCUGGAUUCACCUCUGACAUUGAAAGACACCUUCUUCAGUAUUCACCUUUGAAACCUGCUUCUGUUUGUCCUUCACCCGACUGUCACGACUUCACCUCUUCUUCUAACAGUUAACUUCACGUCUGAGUGUCACUCACACCAAAGAGUGGCACGGAAAAUACAUUUAUGUCCUCUAGAAAGUUAUUCCUCUGGAAGCUUGUUGUGACCGCCGGUUGGUGAGAACAUGCAAACUGCUGCUAUCCAGCCUGCUAGCUAGCUCGGCCGCUAACCAGACAAAAAGUCAACUUUUGUGGAGCAGCUUAAACUCCGAGCAGAGCCGGCUUUUAUCAAACCGAAUGGUGCAACAAGCUGAUAUGAUAGCUUCCUCCAUCUUUUAACUCUCCAACUCUCCUUCCUCUCAAAGGCUAGCGCUGAUACGCAGUUUACAGUGCAAUUGUGCAAUGGUGUGAAUUUGUUGUUCUGAAUGGAUGUAUCAUCUGAAUCACCUUCUCUUUGUUUUUAUGGCUGCACUAUUCCAUAAAAACACGUCUUUACAUCAUGUUACACACAUUUUUAGACACAUUUCCCAAAGUUCAAUCUGACAGAUUUGGUCUCUUUGGAAACCUUGAGUUCUCUUCUAGAAGUGAAAAUUCAGUUUUGUGGGUUUGAAUAAUGUUUGACCGAAUAUUGGGAUGUUGGAUAGAGCCACUGCAUCAAAGUUAUUGGAAGGGGUUAAGAAAAUGUCCAAAAGUCUGUUUAGUCAUCAGGUCACAGGAUAUCCAAGAUGUUAAAAAACAGCAACAAAAACUUAGAGAUAUCAUUAUCAAAAGUUGCCCAAUCUGUAAUUUAUUAUUAUUAUUAUUAUUUUAUUUAAUGGUCUGUCUCCUCGAGAAUCCAACUUAGUAAAUAAUGAUCCUGUAAAAUGCAAUUCAAAGCGUGCGUGAAUUAGGAACAGUCAGUUGGCCAUAUUAUGCACAUUCUUGUUGCACAGAUUUCCAAUGAGUCUUUCACUAAACAGAUCAGUCUUUAUGUGGCUGUUGUUGGAUUGAUUGGUGCUGAAGAGCAAUGUCAAUUCAUAAAUCAUGUUUGAGAACUAGACCGCAAACUGUAUGUGCAGUUGUACACCCUGAUUGCAAACAAACCUACGCAAAUAUAUCCGCAAUCACCGGUUGUUGGGCUGACGGUGGCCAGUUGGCACAUUUUAACAUAUCGCCCGACCGCAUAGUCUGGGACAUCGUGGCAGUUAGACAAUGUCAUUAAAAUCAGGUUUUAUUGCGUUACCCCAAAAUAAACCAAAUAGAAACCUAUUUUUUUUAAAAAAGGCUGGACAGCAACAGGAUGUUUCUGUUUUCUUCUACCGAUGUCUGUUGAUGCAUCACUCAGGUUAAUGCAGAUCGUGAACGUCCUGAAUAAUUAAUUAAGCUACACACCAAUUCACCGUCUCCUCUCAGGCACUUUCACUUGAUUAUUCAUUAGCAGCAAGUGCAAAGACUGCAGUAUGAUUUGAUGAUUUAAAAAUGGACCCCAAGUACGUGGUUAUUUGAUAAUUUGUUGCCCACAUUAUUUCUAUUUUCUUGCUCAUGUUGAUAUUUCAGGGACACUAUCAACUUUUGAUCCUUGUGGACAAAAAUGCAUUAAGUAAAUAUGCACAAAUGGAGCAAAUACCAGCUGAAAACACAGCUGACUGGUCCAAAAGAGACUAAGCAUCUGAAGUUUGUUCACAAAAUGACAACAGAUAAAUACAGAUAUAUAUAGUAUCGCAUUUUGGAACAGACUUCUUCAGAUUCUCCAUGCACUGGGGAGCAGACAUUCAUGAUAUAAUAGAAGUUGUUUCAUCCGCCAUGGUAGCAUUCCUCCUCCUCCUCCUCUUCCUCCUGCCUUGCAUCCUCCCAGCAGCCUCUUCCUCCUCUGGUUACAUCUGCACCGAGCCAGCAGACAGCAGCAUCAGACAACAGAGCAGCUAAUUCACUCUAAUGUAGCAGUUAGCAUGUAGCACCACCUGGUGGCCUGACAGGAAAGUGCAGGUUCUCUUAUUUCUCCUGUCCUUUGGUGGCAUUUCAGCAAAUCAGAAUCCAGUUUUUUAAUCCAUUUACCCAACCUGAAUCCUUUCAAAUCCACAUCGAAUCUAAUUAGAUUUAUCUUUUAAUGUUAGCAAGAGAAAACAAAACUCAAACAUUAAUUUGAAAUGCGUUGGCUGAGAAGGCAGAAAUGUAAUUUAAUGAGGAGUAGAAGAUAUGAAAUGUUAAAGUAUGAGUCUGGUAUUUUUCUUAUUGCCAACACAUCAUGUGCAAAGCCAAACCAUCAAUGUGUUAUUCCGACUCUAAAUACUGUCUGACUUCCUGUCUACGUCUCUCAGCUCCAAACCCAUUGGUUCCUACUGAAGAUGCAAAUCUUUAAAAGCAUCUCAUCUAACAUAUAGUUUAAUUGUUUAAAAGGUCUCAGUAACACUGUAGUUUUGAUCAAACAAACUAACUAUUUUCAGUGGCAGAUUAACAAUUAUUGAACUUAGACAAAUCCAAUAAAGAAUUUUAUUUCUUUGGUUUGGCCAUGUUUAUAUUUUACUAAUAGGAGACAGAUUCAUUCAGGAUUCAACCAGCUUAAUGAAAGCAAUAUUGCAAAAAUAACACAGUAUUAAGAGCAAUAUAUAGACACUGCUUCAUAAAAAACGAAACUAUGCAGAACAAGUAUGGUGAAGUGGUGAAAAUAUUAGCGUGUUGCACUACAGUGAGUCUACUGCCCUGCCUACCUGUUAGCGUGUGUGUGAUGUGUGUUUAUGUGUGUGCACAUUUUGUUUCCGAGGGAAAUUUUCAAAGUUUGGACUACAGACUGCUGGGAGGAGUGACGUUUUUGUCCAUUUAUGUUUUAGCUCCACCUCAUCGGUCUCCAGGUCCAAUAAAGCCCCAUAAAAAUCUGUAAUGAACGUAACUUUAGCCAUAACUGAAUGUCAAGCAAUAAUGUAAAUGUAUUUCUAUCUUUGUUUAUUGUGUAUAGUUUGAAAAUAUUGGCAUGUCAAUGCAGAUUCUAAUUUAUAAGAUUUCAUUUUGGGGGGGUUUUCUUUUCAAUCUUGUGUGUUAUUGGCUUAAUAUUUUGUCUCGACCCGUCACGUGAUUACGUACGCUGAUGACACACUUUUCUCCCUCCACGCCGCCUUAUUGGUUUGGCCCUCGUCUGGAGAGUAACUUUAUGAAUAAGUCUGUACAGGCCACAGGAAAAUACUGCUAUAGAUGCCUAAUGAGCGUCAAACUUUUUAUCUGUUGAUUGAUAUGCAUCUUAAUGUUAUCUGGUUUGAUAUGCACUGCUCUCCUUUAGGUUUAGUUUAGUUGCAGAGAGAGCAAUUUUUUUGUGUUUUUAACAUGCUAGGUUACCCUUUGUUAGCAGGGUCUUGAUUUUACCAACUAUGCCACAUUGUAUGUUUCCACACAGGGUAAUGCAUUAAAAGGAAAUUCUGUUUUUAUUAACAACCUGACAGCAGCAACAUUUUCUAAAUUGUUGCUGUCUAUAUGAUGACAACCUAUACUGGUUAUGUGUCAAACUUUGUCCGAUUGCUCGUAUUGUGAUACCCAUUGACUACAAGUGCAACCAUGUUCCUGGUGACCAAAAUGUAAAGUCUAAAUAAUGCCAUAACUGAAAGUAAUGAUUGGCAAAACAUGCAGUAAAACAAAUGUUGUAAAAGGCCAGUAGCCAGAGACUUAUUUAUGAGAAGUUGGACAUUGCCAAAAGCUACUUAUUGGAUGUUUUUGGCAAUGUUGUUCCUUCCUAACUGGAUGUCAAAAUGGAACUCUGGAACACUCCAGCAAAAUGCUAACUAAGCUAAGCUAACAGUAGCAAGCUUGUUAAUUCAUCUCAACUGCACGGAUACUUUAGAUAAAGCAACGUUUUUCCAAACCAACAAAGUGUCCACUACUGUCUGAGUUGUAUAAAAACAGAAAUGUUCCUUUAAAUUGUCAAAUGUUAUUAUGAUAAUGAAACAUCAUAGUAUAAGGAUUGUUAUUUCCCAGCCUGCACCUGUAUCAGUGUGCCAGACUCGGGCCUGUCAAUUUCUUUGUUUAAAACUGACUUCUUUUGUUUUGAUACAAAGCAGAGCUGCUGUAUCUGAAAUGUAUUAAAAAUAAAAAAAAUGGAGAGACAGAAA